CACACUAAAUUGCAGACCGGGACAGGCCCCUCAUGUUUACAAGACCCCACCUGCGGAAGUAUCUAAGCCACCGGCAGUGCAUGCCCAGCUCUCGGCCUCUGCCCCCAAAUCUUUCUACUCCUAUCAAAAUGUGAAGAAUAUGUGCCCAACUGGGUGGAAAAAACCAACCACUACCCCGUGCCGAUCAUCUGGAUUCACAGAAACAAAAAUAACUUCCAGCGUUGCCUCUACGAAUGUCUUUGGACAGCCCAGGUUGCGAGCAUCACUCAGAGACCUCCGAUCACCACGCAAGUCCCACAAAUCAACCCUUGAAGAAGAUUUAAAGAAGCUAAUUUUGCUGGACAACCCUUUGCCAGAGCAAGAUAAAGAAAUGCUUCAUUCUUCACGAAAGACGCUGCAGAGGACUCUGUCAGAUGAAAGCAUCUGCAGUGGACGGAGGGAAGCCGGUUUCUCCAGUUCCCAGAUUGCAGCUCUUGACCAGGCACUGCCCAACGAUGUGAUCUUCACCAGCACAUACCCUUCACAAACACUGCCCACACGCAGAUUAACCCAGCCUCCAGCAGCAAUAAAUCUUGAAAAGAAAUCUAACAUGUCUGCCUCCGAGCUGUCCUUGACUGAUGUACGUGACCGAAUUCCUGUGCGUCGUACCGAUCCAGGACUGAUGCCUCUUCCGGACACAGACUCCGAGUUGGAAUGGUCCAGUCUGGUCAAUGUUGCCAAAGCAUACGAAG